GGUGGCGGCGGCGGCGGCGGCUGCUCCUGCGGCGGACGUGUUGUUUUGGCGGCGGCGCUGGCUGCUGAGGAGCCAACCGAGACCCAGCGCCUCACCAGCACCGGCUGCGGCGGGCCCACCGACCGCGUCGCCACAGGAUUAAUUUAUUUUUGGAAAUCAAGUGCAAUAUUAAAAGGAAAACAAAACCACACUACAUUAUUGGAAGCCAUUUCUGCUAAUUUUAUUACAGUUUAAAAUUUAUGGUUUGAUUUGAAUACUAUCAUGGGAGGAGCUGUGAGUGCUGGGGAAGAUAAUGAUGACUUAAUUGAUAACUUAAAAGAAGCCCAGUAUAUCCGCACUGAAAGAGUGGAGCAAGCCUUCAGAGCGAUUGAUCGCGGAGAUUACUAUUUGGAAGGCUACCGAGACAAUGCGUACAAAGACUUAGCCUGGAAGCAUGGCAACAUACACUUGUCAGCACCUUGCAUUUAUUCUGAAGUUAUGGAAGCCUUGAAACUUCAACCAGGAUUGUCUUUUCUUAACCUGGGAAGUGGAACCGGAUAUUUAAGUACAAUGGUGGGCUUAAUUUUAGGUCCUUUUGGAAUAAAUCAUGGGAUUGAACUUCAUUCAGAUGUGGUGGAAUAUGCCAAGGAAAAGCUGGAGAGCUUCAUCAAAAAUAGUGAUAGCUUUGAUAAGUUUGAGUUCUGUGAGCCUGCAUUUGUGGUUGGUAAUUGCCUGCAGAUAGCAUCGGACAGUCAUCAGUAUGAUCGAAUCUACUGUGGAGCUGGGGUCCAGAAAGACCAUGAGAACUACAUGAAGAUUCUGCUGAAAGUCGGGGGCAUUCUGGUCAUGCCCAUAGAGGACCAGUUAACACAAAUUAUGCGAACUGGACAGAACACUUGGGAAAGUAAAAACAUUCUUGCUGUGUCAUUUGCUCCACUUGUGCAGCCAAGUAAGAAUGACAACGGCAAGCCAGACUCUGUGGGCCUCCCCCCCUGUGCUGUCAGGAACCUGCAGGACUUGGCUCGCAUUUACAUCCGACGCACACUUAGGAAUUUCAUAAAUGAUGAGAUGCAGGCCAAGGGGAUUCCUCAGAGGGCUCCGCCCAAAAGGAAGAGGAAGCGGGUCAAGCAGAGGAUUAACACUUACGUCUUUGUGGGCAACCAACUCAUCCCCCAGCCUCUCGACAGUGAGGAGGACGAGAAGAUGGAGGAAGACAAAGAGGAGGAGGAGAAGGAGCCGGGCGAAGCCUUGAAGCCAGAGGAGCCACCCCAAAACCUGCUGCGGGAGAAGAUCAUGAAGCUGCCCCUGCCAGAGUCUCUAAAAGCCUACUUGACAUACUUCAGGGAGAAGUAGCUUAGAGCAAGAAGAAAGGAUGCCUACUGAUAAUUCCUUGCGUCUUGAAAAUGUAGCAUUUGUUAGGAGUUGAAAGAAAGAAUUCUCUUUUAUCAGAGUGAAUUUAUAGUGGAAAAAAGUAUAACUUGUUUCUGUCUUAGUAAUAAAAAUGAUGUAUUCAGUGAUUAAAAAGAAUCCCUUUUAUAAAAUAUAUUUUUCUUUAAAUCUUGGAAAAAUUGCUGUUUUAACUCAGAGCAGCUUCAGGAGUGGAACUCAGCCGUAGUCAGGACUGGGUCUGCAGAUCCCCGUUUGGUUCCUGACAGAACUAGUUAGUAGUGGUGAGGGCUGGACUUAACUUCCCUCAGGGAGACACAAUCAUGAAGCGCACGUGAUCGGAUUUGAACUGCAGUCGUGCGCAGUUCCUGCAUGGGAACUGUCUAGCAAGGAAGGCAGACGCUUUGCAGACCCCCUACUUGCGUUGCAGUCCCCACUGCCAAGUUGCUGUAGACCUACUCCGGGCAAUGUAUGAGUGCAAUAACAAUGCAGAUACUGAAUAAUUUAGCUUUAAAAACCCACGUUUCAUGGAAUUCAACAGCACCGCUACUCUCGCUUUUGAAUCUGUUGCCAAAAGACAUGGGGAAAACGUUUGCUUCUCUCAUCAAGAUUUUAAGAGCACAUCAAGUGAAUAUCAGAGUAAAACAUACAUGCUUAAUGCAGCUCUUAGUUUGUAUGGACCCUUGACAUUUUCAGUAUUUAAACAUGAUGAGGCUGUGUUACUCCGAAGUUUUAGAAGGUAGUGGUAUAUUUAGGACUGUUUUCCCUGUCGUCCACUGUAUAGAGUAUUUGGUUCAGGAGAGGCAUAGUUCUGUGUGACUGUCGGUGGCUCGUGGGUGAGUUAGGCUGGAGCGGGCUGGCCACAGGUGCACUUUAGCAGAGGGAGCUUCUGGUUGGUUGCAGGUUUGCCCUGGGAAGGUAGGGCAGAACAGCCUGCCCUGGUCUGAAACUCACCUCUGUGGUGUCGGGAGCGUUCACAGAAAUGACGUGUAGAUGCCUUUUGCUUUGAAAAUCCGGAAUCAUAGUUUAAUCUUGGGACCUGCAUUGGGCUCAUUUAACUUCUUCCCGUGUUUUUAUUUUGUGGUUGUUUCUUGUGGUAAAAUAACAGUGAUUUUCGUUUUUCGCUUAAUAUCACAUACUUUAUUCAUUAUUUGAAUGUCAGUGGUAAAACAGGUAGUAAAUGCCAUUCUUAGCUUACUAGGGCCUGAAGAGUCAUUCCUUGCUUAUGAAAGUAAACAGUGUAGCCUAUUUACUAUUUAGUGUUCUGAUGGAUUAUAUGUAUUUAUAGAAGGAAGAAUUUUGAGAGUGUCACUGCCACCAGCAUCACUGUUACAACUGUUGAUCAGACAUGCUUGAGGAAAUGCAGUCACAGUGCAGUUGAAGGACUAUGAUGUUCUGCAGAGGUUCACACAUGGAUGGUUCCAAAAACACCUCAGUUCUGAAAACUCUACACAUGUAAAAACAAGUGUUGGAAAUAUUCUGAGCAUGAAUUAUCCCAGGAUCCCUUUAGUAACGUCAAAGAUGAUUUCAUGAAAGCUGUUGGUUUUAUACCAGUGACUGAGCUGGGGGUUGGGGGUAUAGUGUCUCCACAGGGUUUCUUAGAUGACUACUAAGCUGUAGUUACUGUUACGUGCCCAUCUCAUUUCUGUCAAGGAAAAACAAUUGUUUCAUACAGUUAUCAUAUUAGAAAUGGUCAUUUUAUUUUGAAACAAAUGUGUUUUAGGAGAUUACUUGUACCCCCACCCUAGCUUUGUUGAUUUUGAAGCAAGUGUCCACGUAUGUAAAGAUAACCUUUUCUUAAAUGAUUUUACUAUUCAUGAGGGAAGUUUUUGUUAAGGAUAUAUUUGAAGAUUGACUUUUUCAUAUCAGCUUUCAUUCUGUUGGCCUUGGCAAAAUGUACAAUAGAUUUUCAUAAUCAUUGCCUAUUUUGGUUGUUGAAAUGUAUCUUUUGUGUUUUUAAAUGCAUUUGUUUUACAGUUGUGACUUUACUAUUGAAGAAGUAGAAAUAAAAAAUGAAAUUUUAAGUGAAAGCCCUUUAUCUAUUAAUGGGAAUAUAUUAGAGUGAUUGAGGAUAUUUUGGGUGUUUAUUUUUUAAUGAAUCAUGUUAUAUUUGAGUGUGAAUAAUUAUGCUUUAUAGGUGGAGAGGUUGCAAAUAAUGAUGAAGUAAUUGGAAGGUGAUAAGCAGUGCAUUCAUGGGGUUUUACAGCAGGAUAAGCUUUAUUUAUUUUGAAGAGAGGAAGUAGGCCUGAAGGGGGGAGCAACACUUCCCUAAGUGAGACUUCCCUAAGCUGGUUGGAGAUGGCGUGAAAUACUGUCCAGCAUCUGAUAAAGUCCAAAAACUGCCAGCCACACUGUAACUACCAGGAAGGUCAUUUAAAUCUGUGCUGCUUGUUGGUUGAUAUAUCUUGGUUCUAGUAUUAAUAAAGAUGUCAUUAAAAUAGCAUUCAUAGUUAAAAUACAGAAAAUGUAAGCAUCGGUUUCUAGCUGUUUGAGAGGAUAAAAGUGAAGCAAAAGCUGUUAAAUUACAGGAAAACUUGGAAAACUAUUUUAAAUAAACACUUGCAUAUAAUUAAGCAUCA